AUGAACACAGACCGUCGUGCUUACCGGAUCGACCCAAACAUUCUUGAGUCGGAUCUUGCCAGAGAGACUACCGUAGCCAUGGCUGCAAUUGACGCAACGACAAAGUUUUUGAACAAGGCGGUGAAGCCAGUUUUAGUCGAUGUGGCCAAACUUCGUGUGGCUAAGAAUUGUGAUGUUUUCGUCAAGCUAGCAGAUGCUUGUGGCUAUGCUCUCGACGUGAUUCCCUCCGGAAAGGGCUAG